AAAAAAUCACAGUCACUUUACAACACAUCUUUCUUUCCUAACACUGCCCGCUAUGUCAUGGAUCGGGAUUAAGAAAGCUAUUAAUAGAGCGGGCACGCAAGUGAUGCUCAAAACAGGACACAUAGAGCAGACCAUCGAUAAGGAUUACGACUUUGAAGAGAAACGAUAUCGUACUUUGGAAGCCAGUUCUUUGAAAUUACAAAAACAAUUACGCAACUAUCUGGAAUGCUUGAAGUUAGUCACCAAUUCGCAAAUCAAUGUUGCUGAAGCAUUGAGUUCCUUCUAUGGAACAACCGCCUCCACCGCCAAACCCAAAGAAGCAAAUGGCACUGGUGAGGAAGACAACCAAGAACAACAACAACAACAACAACAAGAAGAAGCUGCCAAGUUUGAAUCACUUUCACAAGAAUACUAUCACACCCUUUUGAAAUUGAAUUCCGAUUGUGUUGCCAACUUUGAACAACCUUAUAACCAAACUGUUCUUAACCCAAUAGCAAGAUUCAAUUCCUACUAUAUUGAAAUAAAUGAUGCCAUUAAAAGAAGAACCAACAAACAAUUGGAUUAUGAUGCUAUGAAGAACAAACUCAAGAAAUUAAUGGAGAAGCCCCAAUUAGACCCUUCCUUUGAUCAAAAAGUGUCAGAAACAGCUUCCGAAGCUGAUGAAGCUGAACGAGCAUACCUGGAGAUCAACGACCAAUUGAAACGAGAAUUACCUAAGUUGGUUAGUUUACGGGUUCCAUAUUUUGAUCCUUCAUUUGAAGCAUUUGUCAAGAUUCAAACUAGGUUUUUCGGGGAAAGUUAUAGAGUAUUGAAUGGAUUGCAAGGGAAAUUGGAUGCUAGAACAAGAGAGGAUUAUGUUAGUGGGAAAUUGGAUAAACGGGUAGACGAAGUCUUGGACAAGAUGAGAGCAUUAGAGUUGUAGCAUUAAUAGUAAACACACAUAGUAAACACACAUAUCUC